UAUAAUAUAUAUUAUACAGCGAAGAACCAUCGGCAGCAUCUCAUUCGGAUCCGAGAUUUUAUGUGAAAAUUUUAGUUAGAGAAGAGGACGAAUAAUUUAACUUGCAAUCAGAUGGUCGCAGAAAUCAUAUAAAAGAACCCUCAACGUGUUAAUAUCGCCUGGCAUGUAUCCGCUGGAUUGUUACCAGAAAUUCAAUUCGAAAGACUAAUGAAAUAACAGGAACAGCUACGACGAGAGCAGUCAUCAAUCAAACGGGAUCGCUUGUAGGAUAGACGAUAGUGGAGAAAACGAGCGGCACAUCUUUUCUGGAAGGGACUGGAAAUUCUGGUAACUGGGACAAGUCUGGGACGCGCACAGAGUGGGGCAAGUAAAAGUAUUUGUAUAUCAGUCACUGUAGUUUUGUAUGAAAGUGUCGGAAUGGAAAAUCAUUUAUUGAAUAGCAAUUGUUCAGUGACCGAAAACAGCAAAUCUAAUGACAAUGGCAAAGAAGAAUGCAUCAGAAAAGAAGACGCUCCGUUGAUGAAAAUCAAAACGUACCUGUCGGCUUUGCGGCCCUGGUCCCUGUCGGCUAGUCUGGUACCGACACUGUUGGGAGCAACGCUUGCCUACCGGACCGUCGGUUUUCACGAGUUCAAUUUUUUGUCGUUUAUUUUUACGAUUUUCACCGUUGUUACGGUGCACUGUGCCGGAAAUGUCGUAAAUACCUACUUUGAUUUUGUGAAAGGCAUCGACAACCGCAAAUCGGACGACCGGACCCUGGUUGAUCAUAUACUGAGUAAAGAUGAGGUUGUUACGCUCGGAGCGCUUCUGUAUUGUGCCGGCUGCUUUGGAUUCAUUCUUCUGGUUUAUCUUUCACCUGCCAAACUGGAACAUCUGGCACUGGUAUACUUUGGAGGAUUAUCGUCUAGUUUCUUGUACACCGGUGGAAUCGGACUGAAAUACAUUGCUCUGGGUGAUGUGCUAAUUCUUAUCAUUUUCGGUCCGAUUUCGGUACUGUUCGCUUUCAUGGCUCAAACCGGUCACGUGGAAUGGAUGACCAUCUACUAUGCCAUUCCACUUGCUCUCAAUACCGAAGCCAUUCUACACAGCAACAACACGCGCGACGCGGAGUCCGACAAAAAGGUGGGAAUCGUAACGUUGGCAAUUCUGAUAGGAAAGACGUUGUCUUACAUACUAUACGCCCUACUGCUGUUCACACCGUACGUGUUGUUUGUGGUAUUAGGAAUGAAGUACUCGAGUGCUUUCCUGAUACCUAUGGUGACCCUACCUCAGGCAUUCAAAAUCGAGAAACAGUUUCGAAACGAAUCGACCAUGCAAGGCGUACCGCGACAAACUGCCAAACUUAAUCUGUUUUUCGGAAUUUUGUAUGUGGUGGCCUGCUUUUUAGCACCCCAAUUACCGUUUAUCACCAGGAAGUAAGACUAUCGGCCAAAUGGUGUUAUUUUUUUUUCACAUGCGCAAAUGUACUGAACUGUGUGGCGGUGCCGUUGGAGAAGCGGAUUCCUAUGCUAUUCAUCCUGCUACAUUCAUCUCUUUGAUACUCCCAGAUAGACUCGCUGAACUCGUUAUUGUAACUUAUUUAUUUCUGCACGCAAUGCUUUUUACAUAGGAUAAUUAUGUAUUCUAAAUAGCAGUGUACUAUACAAUCGGUGCAAUCCGGUGUAAGUCGAUGGACUAAUCUAUUGCACUGUGUUUUCUUAUCUUUACGAUAACUGUUUUAGUUUGUACAACGAUAGCAAGGAUGGCAGAGAAACUUUUUUUUGUUCAGGGAUGAAAGGUAUAAAAGAGGACUAAUGUAUUCUCGGGAGCUCUCUAUAGCACCACAACUCAGAACGGAAGAACCAUUAGUGUAGGUCAGCUUCCCAGUAUAGAUCAAAAGACGAUGGUACUUGUUAGCAUAUUGCACGUAGCGAAAGUAAAAGAAUAAGAGAUUCCAUUUGUUUUUAAAGUUUGCUGCAGAGUAAUUCUUGAGGAAGGUAAGGCGUCUUAGGUACAAACUAAAUAUCAGUGCAAGCAAAAGUUGUUAUACAAUAUCAUACAGAACUUUCCAACAUUUCUGUUUCGAAAAGUGUUGGAACUAACGUUUAGUCAAGUUUCAAUGAAACUGUAUCAUGGCAUUACUCUUCCUUAUCCUGAAUUACAACUACAUAUCAAAAAAUGAAGGCGUUUCAAAUUUAGAGCAAAUCCAACCAAAUUCAUAAAUACCCUAACCCACCCGACGAGAAAAUCCUCUAAACGACAUAUAUAGCAUAAAAAUGGAAGAAAAAGCUAAACAAUCGUACUUAAUUAAAUGCAAGUCCUUCUAAAUAAGCUGCUGUUUAGAAUUAUCUUUUUCAAAAAAUUUCCAAUUUGUAUAAAAUUCGGUUUGUAACGAGAUUCCCAUUAGCCUCGUAUAAUGGAACAAACAAAAAAAUGAACACGAAUAAAUGCAAACUUGAAUAGGGACAGAAACAAUAAACCCUCGUGAGCGACAAUAAUUAGCCGUACUUAAACUAAGCAGGAACAUGGAUUCCCCGAAAUAUUUUAUCCGUACUGAAAACAAUUUACAAAUUUUGUACUAGCAGAACAUAAGACCUUUUAAAUGUUUCCGCUUAGUAAGCAGUUUUUUACGUAACCGGAUUCUAAAUGCAAUGAAAUAUGUGUAUUUUUAGAAGGUGUUAGAUAUAAUCUCACUGAAAUUAUUUAUUGAUGCCGCUUUAAAGGACAGAUAACAGCUAAGAACUUAUGAUUUUUGUUAGGUUGAAGAUUGUUCACAAUUUUCUAUUAUCUUCUGCAUUGUCAAAAUUAUUCUUCAACCCUGUUCGCAAACUUGUGGAACAAAUAUUAGUAAAAUAAAAUAAAAAACGUAUUUAUCUUAAGCUAGCUUUCGCUCAGCAAACUUAUCAAGUAGAGUUGAACACCGAAUUAUACAAUUAAAAAACUAUGUUAUGGUUUUGCUUGAAAAAUUAAUCAUAGAAAAGAGCGAAAUAAAUUAUGUUCUUAAUUUUUAUAAUGGAGUUUUUAAAUAGAUUUAUAA